AGGCAGAGAAUGAAUCAGAAUCAGUAAUCAAGCGGGACUUGAGAUGAUUGAAAUAGAAGCAAGACGGAAGUUUCGAAUAAAUUGCACGUCAUCGACAAAAACUUUCCCUCACCACGGUUACUACCAUUUCUUUCAUUCCAACUCCCCAUUCCCAUUAACCACCACCAUUCUAUUACUGUACACUACUAUCACGACAAUUGUCUCUACAAAAUGCUUUUCCCUUCGAAUCCAGCCGAGGUGAUGGUGAUCCGGUCCGUGACACCAGACAUCAUCACGAUGAGCCUCCCGUUUGCGCGCUUCGGGCUGAUCAAGUUCGGCGGGCGGGGGACAUUAGUUCGAAUGAAGUCCGGCUCGUUGGCCGUCUUCUCCCCCGUCGGACUAACGACGCAGGUACGCGAGACGGUGGAUUCGAUGGGCGGACGAGUCAAGUACAUCGCCGCGCCGGACAUGGAGCACCAUUUACUCGUGGGGGCGUGGAAGAAGGCGUACCCUGACGCCGAGAUUAUUGCGCCAGAGGGAUUAUGGGAGAAGAGACAGGGGAGGGAGGAAUUCAAGGAAGAAGCACCCUUUAAGCAUGUGUUCCGGAAAGAAAGCUACAACGAUCCCCACCAGACUGUGAAAGUGGACGAGGAGUUCGACGCCGAGUUCGAGACAGAAUACGUGUAUGGCCAUGGGUCGCGCGAACUGGUCUUCCUGCAUAAACCUUCGCGGACGGUCAUCGAGGCAGACCUGCUCUUCAACCUGCCGGCGUGGGAGCAGUACUCGCGGACGAGCGAGGGGGCACGCGCGGGGCUCUGGACCCGGCUGAUGACGCCGUUGAUGUCGACGCAGGGGGCGGCGGUCUGGCAGCAGCGGUUUGCCUGGUACAUCCUCUCCAAGGCCGACAGGGGCGCCUUCACGCGCUCGAUGCGGCGGAUCGAAACCUGGGACUUUGACCGGUUGGUUCCCUGUCAUGGUGAUGUUAUCGAGACAGGGGCAAAGGCGGUCUUCCGGAAGGUGUUUGCAUGGUUUCUGGAGUGACGUAUAGUUCUGUGUACCUAGGAAUUAGUAUAAUUAAUAGUGCUAUUCAACAUCUAUCAAUUAUUGAUAGUCGACGUCAUUGUUGGGUUCGAAGUCGCCCAAAUGUCAUGUGGUGGUGACGUCAUGUAUAUAAACUGUAUCAUGAUUCGAUUC